GGACAUGGGACUUUUUGACGACACUCAGCUCCAUACAACAUAGUCGGUCUAACCACUACUCUAUAGAACUUGCCCUUAAGUCCAGGUGGCACAUUCUUAUCACACAAAACCCCCAAGGCGAGCCUCCAUCUCCUCCACCCCGCUCCAAUACGAUGAGUAACAUCCUUGUUAAACUCCCCGUUACCUUGAAUAAUAGACCCAAGAUACCUGAAACUAUCUCUUUUAGGGAUGACCUGAGUACCAAUCCUCACUUCCACUUCUUCUUCGUGCAUCCCCUCACUGAAUUUGCACUCCAAGUACUCAGUUUUUGACCUAUUCAACUGGAAACCUUUAGACUCCAACGUUUCUCUCCAAACUUCCAAGUUAGCAUUAACUCCGCCUCGCGUCUACUCAAUCAGGACUAUGUCAUUAGCAAAUAGCAUACACUAUGGCACCUCCCCUUGUAUGUUACGCGUCAGCACAUCUAACGCUAAGGCAUCAAGAUCAAAUAAGCCUGUAGUUUCGAACUCUUCAAACAAGAAACGUAAGGUGUUAAACUGGCAAGAACGCAAAAUGCUCAAGAGAGAGAAGAAGCAGAUUGAAGAGGACCAGAAAACUCUAGUUAACUUAGAGUCAGCAAUUCCUGAGACCAACAUUGGAUUCAAGAUGUUGAAACAAAUGGGAUAUACUCCUGGAUCAGCAUUAGGCAAGGAAGGCUCCGGUAUGUCUGAACCCGUGGGGCUGGAAAUCAGAAGGGGCCGUGCCGGGAUUGGGAAGGAAGAUGAUAAGGUAGAGAAGAUGAAGAGGGAAAUGGAGAAGGCCAACAGGGAUAGAAGGAGAGAAGCAGAGCUAAUGGAAACUUUUGGAUCUCACCUGAAGGAGCGAUGGAAGGAAAAGAGGAUCGUCAGCAAUUUUCACAAGGCUGAGGCAGCACUGGCUCAGUUAGAGAAUAGGGAGGUAGUAGAGGAGAAAAAGGAAGAAGAGGAUGAAGAAAAGGAAGAGGUAGAGGAAGAGGAAGAACUGAUCACUGAAGAGGAUUUGCUCAAUACAUUGAUGAAACUGAGAGAUGAAUAUCAUUACUGUCUUUUUUGUGGAUGUCAGUAUGAGUCAACUGAGGCGCUGCUGUCUAACUGCCCCGGAGUAGCUGAGGAGGACCACUAAAUGCUAUCUCCCAAUUGGCCUCAGCAGCAAGACCUCAAAAAGAAAUUUAAAACCUUCCUAAACAAAUGGGAAAUUCCUGGGAUGAUAGGAGCAACUUCCAUUGCCCUAAUCAUGCAUCUCGGCAAACAAGAGCUCAGAAUGACAAUUGUUUUCGCACUUGACUGAUUCCUUUCAGCCGAAUGUGGAUUCUCAAGAGAUAGAAAGCAGAAUCCUCAGACAACAUUGGUGCAUCUCCCAUUGCAUGGAAUAUUGCAUUUGUUGAGCCAGGACCUUUAUAGCACGCUAUGGGUGGCAGUUGGAUAUCAAGAUGAGUGUUCAUGUAAUACAUAGCUGUUGAUUGAAGUUGUAGCUAUUCUUCAUAUGUUGAUUGCCUUGUAAUGUUAGCACUGUCAUAUUCGAUUGCUCCAAAGGUCGUAUAAGCUUCCCAUGAUUUUUUUUUGUGGUACACCACACACUAUCUUGUCUGUUCAGCAGCAGUCUCCGCAUCAGCUGGGGUGACCCUGGACUCAUGCCAGGGAUGGGGCGAUUAAAAAAAUUAAGGAGUGUACAAAAAUAUGAACAGAGUAUUAUUGCUCAUA